GACCGCUCCUCCAGUCUCCUCCACUCUCCUGUACCACCAUCGUUUCCCACCCCUCUUCUACUACCACGGCGUGCCCGGUGUUGAAAGACGCUUCCGCGCCUCUAUGGAAAAUAAUCACAAAGUGGCGAGCCGCCGGCAUUACUCGCACUGCGAGCCGAAUUGACGGCUGCCUGUUGAAAUCUGUCGGAAUGCGAGUGAGCUAUAACACGCGGCAGGCCAACUCAUCUGUGACGCGCUAGCACUUCACAAAAGGCGGCGUAACGAUAAGGAUUCGGGCAGUAUUAUUAUUAUUCGCCAGGUUCUCGGUUCUUCAGGCAGAUAAGCGCAGCUCGCAUAAAGCGAUUCCCAAGGAGCAACCACCUACGCAUCGCUCUCGCUUAUCUUAUCUGUCAUUCAUUCUGUGAGCCGUCGAGAGGCUUAUGCUGCCGCUGUCUCGCGGAGCGAAAAAAAAGAAAUGCGGGUUAUUUCGCAAGGCUUCAGUAAGGUGGCCGUGUUUUGAUACGGCCCGAAUAUAUGCUGCGUCAGUCGUCGCGGCGGCCCGUCGGCCGUGGAUGUUGUAGGCUUCAACGCGCGUCAUUUGUGCUCGUGGAGAGGAUCGCUGAAGUCGUCGACGUGCUCGGAGACUGCUUGACAGCUGCUCGCGAGAACCGAGGAUGCGGGCCGUCACGCUGCUCGCCGUGCUGUGCCUGUGGUGCUCGCACAGUCAUGGACUCCGCAUAGACAAAUCGACGGGCGCCUACGAAGACAUCGUGAUCGCCAUCCACCCGUCCGUGGAGCCAGACGAGCGAAUCAUCGACAACAUCAAGGCCCUGUUCCGCUCUGCCUCGACGUUCCUCCACCGGGCCACCCGCGGCCUGGUGCACUUCGGCAGCGUGACCAUCGCCGUCCCGGACACGUGGCCUGCUAGGCAGGAGGCGAAGAGCACCGCGACCAGCCUGUUCCCGGUGGCCGACGUGCGGGUGGCCGCGGAGAACCCGCAGUACGGUGACACUCCGUACACGCUGCAGCCCCGAGGGUGCGGUGAGCGCGGAGAGUACGUCCACCUGACGCCGCGCUUCUUGAGCGAGAUGAACGACUCCAUCGCCGAGGCUUACGGCAGUCCGGCAUACCUGUUGGUGCACGAGUGGGCUCACUUCCGGUACGGCGUGUUCGACGAGUACGGCGACCCCGAGAGCUUCCGGUACCCGAGCCUGUACUGCGAGUCCGGCAUGGUUCGUGCGACUGCAUGUUCCGAGCACCACAAGUUCUCGGUGUACACCGACUCGGGACAACCGUGCCGCAUCUACAAGGGCUGCCGCGUGUCCUCCAAGUGCAAGACGCGCUUCGAGCAGCACAGCCAGAAUCCGGUGACGUCGUCCAUCAUGUUCAUGCCGUACGUCAAAGGCGUGACGGACUUCUGCGACAGCGCCAACAACACUCACAAUGCGUUCGCGCCCACUAAGCACAACCACCUGUGCGACCGCAAAUCCACCUGGGAAGUCAUAAGCGCCAACGAAGACUUCAAAGAUUUGACCCCUGGUGACCUCGAAGAAGUCGCGGAAGUGAAGUUCACGGUAGUGCAGAAACGGGAAGGCACGUUGGGCAGGGUCAUUUUUGCGUUGGACAUCUCGGGCAGCAUGGCGAUGCACAACCGCAUUGAGAACCUCAACGCAGCAAUGAGCCGAUUCGCCGAGUCAGUUAUACCGGACGGGCUGGAAGUCGGAGUAGUUCUCUUCGACACUCGAGCCUACACAAAGUUUCCGCUGACCAUCGUGGAAGAGUCUACACGGAGAAAUCUCGUUAAAAGUGUGAAGGAGCUCGUAAUUGGCGCCUCCACGUGCAUCGGGUGCGCAUUGCGCUUGGCGCUCCAGAUGUUCGAGGAAAACGGGCAGCGCGUCGAGGGCUCCGUCAUCAUUCUCAUGACCGACGGCGAAGAGUCCGAGGCGCCCAAGAUCGAUGACGUCAUGGACGAGCUGAUCGCCGCUCAGGUGGUGGUCAACACCAUCGCCUUUGGCACGCAGGCUGAGGAGAAGCUAGAGGAACUGGCCCUGCGCACUGGAGGCAAGCCGUUCGCGCUCCGUGAAGGCCAGUCCAACGUGCCGGUCGCCAUAGAGUCAGCUUUCCUCGACUCGGCCUUUGCCUUGCUGGACGAGUCCAAAAGGCCCGUUGUGAUCUUCGACCAACAAGCUGACGUGGCUGAAGAGCGGAAGUUCUCCAUCCUCGUGGAUGCAGACUUGGGCAAUGAGACCACGGUAGUACUGCAGUCCAAAGAGGCAUCCAAGCUCAAAGCAGUUCUGCUCUACCCUGAUGGCAAGACGUGCGAGGAUUGCCUGGUGUCCGGACCCGCAGUAUCUGGAAAUUACGUAAACUUCAAGAUCCCCGGCAUUGCCACGCCCGGAACCUGGACGCUGGUCGUCUCCCAGGACCUCGGCAGUGGCGAAGUCGCCGUCCACGUCCGGGCCACGUCCCUGGCGAGGUACCCCGACGAGAAGCCCGUGAUGGUGCGUGCUUUCCUCAAGCGAACGGAAGUGGACAGCGCGGCCCAGGCCGCCGUCUACGCCGAGGUCACCAAGGGCGAGUACGUUGUUCUUCACGCCAAGGUCACGGCCACCGUCGUUCGACCACAGGGACACGGAACGGUGGAAAUGGAGCUCUUCGACGACGGUCUUGGCGCCGAUGUGACGGCCAACGAUGGCAUCUACAGUGGCUACUUCACGCAGUUCGACGGUGUUGGCCGCUACUCGGUAUCAGCUCGCGUCGUCAGCGGCGACGAUUCCGUCAUUGUCCAGGGCCGCCAGGCUUCGGGAGGACUGCCCGCUCCGCAAGUGUCAGCUCUCCCUAGUGGUGGAGCACCAGAAUCAACCGACGAGGUCGAUGGUAUUCCUCUCGAACGAUUUGUCUACGUGGACCAAGACAUCGAGGAGGCCGAGCCGAGGGUCUUACGCAGUGAAAAGGCACCCGAAUUUGAGCGCUAUGCCGAAGGCGGCUCGUUCCGGCUCACCAACGAGGUUGACGACUCAACGAUCCCACCAAACUCCAUCCAGGAUUUAAAGGUCGAGGACGCCUUCAUGGAUGCAAAUGGAACGCAUGUCGUCAUCCUGACCUGGACCUGCCCGGGAGCUCACAUGAACUCUGACAACGCAUCUCAAGUCGAGCUGAGAGGAAGCACGCGUAUCGUGGACGUCAUCAAUCACUUCGACUCGGCCUUCGCGGUCUCCGAAGACUACGCGGCAGACGGCAAGAUUCCGGCCGGGUCCGUCGGCUCCAGGCAGCGACUGCGGUUCCAUCUUAAGGACGCGCUGCUCGCCGUCGCGAAGAACGAUUCGCGUCGGGACUUCUACUUCGCGGCCAGGGUGUGGAACGACGACGGCCUCUUCUCGCCGGUGUCGAACCUCGUGAGGGUCACCUUCAAACGGCCGCAGCCUCACACGAAGGGAACCACCUGGUGGAUCAUAUCCCUGGGCGUCCUGGCGGCAGUGUUUGUCGUCCUCGCGCUGGUUAUCGUUGCGCGCAAGAUCGGCAGGUGGCGCAGGACGAGCGGCAGCGUGACGUCGAUUGUGGCGUAGACGCCGCACUGCCGGUUGCCGUGCCGAACAUACUUUACGGUCUGCCGCCGCCUUCUGGAAGCGGGGUUGCUUGGCACAGCGUUUCGUCGAGAUUGAUGUCGCGGUGAAAUUAUAAGGCGCAAACACUAGCGACGAAGAAGGCUUGACAUAUGGACGCAAGCCUUGAGCACAUCGUCAUUAUCGGCAUCAUCGUCACGAACCUACUGAACUGUGGUGCAGGCUAAAAGGGCUCUUUCGGAGAUUGCCAAUCAUUGCUGUCUUACGAUUACGAUGUCUUCACGAUCUCUUCUUUUGACAUUCCUUAAUAGGGGUGCUGGAGUCUCUUUCUGAUGAUCGGGACAGCUGGUUCUUUGGGUGGCCUAUUUUCCCAGGAUCUCAUUUAGUCAAUAACAACAUGAAGUUUAAUAAAGAGCGCCGCGCCUUCUCAUUGUACUGCCACCGACGAUCUUUACGAAUCCUCAAUGUGCGUGGGUUCUAACCACUCUGAGUGCACAUCGCAUCUCUUGACUUCCCCAUUGAGUGAGGUGCUUAUGCUGCGGGUAAUUAACCGCACUCCUUGUAUUUGACAGUUCGGUUUCUUCCUUUCUUUCUUUCUUUCUUUCUUUCUUUCUUUCUUUCUUUCUUUCUUUCUUUCUUUCUUUCUUUCAUUCAUUCAUUCUUUCUUUCUUUCUUUCUUUCUUUCUUUCUUUCUUUCUUUCUUUCUUUCUUUCUUUUGUUGACGUCUUUCUUUCGGAAUUCUUCUGGUCUGGAGAUGGAACGAAGGCAGCACUGAUACCCUCUUGACAACAAUCAUUGCAAUUGAUAUACCUCAGGCUAGUCAACCGAUCAGUUUGUCUUGCUUUUUUUUUAUUCGCUUGGGUUGCCGUGCAGCAUGGAGUGGAAAUAAAUUAUGUGCACUCCAGGUAUACGUUUUAAGGGACGUGACGUUAGGAACUGACCAACCAGGUGGCACUGAGCGGUGGGUCCCCGACAACGCAUUUCCCAAGUCGCUGUUGCACUGACUGCCUGAAACGGGUCUCCACGGAGGCUUCUGAUAUCGCUUUCUGUAAUUUAUUUUGCUGUUAUCCUAAUUUGAGACAAAUAAAUUUUCUGUUUGUUUUUGUACAAA